UCUUUAAAUUUAGUCUUCAGCGCUUUGCUUUAGCAGGUAUGCGUCACCAGCUCCUUCUCUGGCUCUGUGACCGCCAUUAGAGAGAUUUCACAGAGAGAGGGAGGGUUUCGGAGCUGGGAUAUUCGCUGAAUAUUGUAAGAAUUGGAAGGGAAAGUGGGAGGUGAGGCAAAGGUGUGAGCUUUUUGAGUUUUCAGUGAUCAAAGAGGAGUUAGUUCAUUGUGUGUGUGUGUGUGGAGGUAGUGAGGAGUAAGGAGAAGGGUUUGAUUGGUUGUGUUUGAUCUUUUUCUUGUAUAUUAUUCUUUGAGAAAGUGGAAAAGUGUGGAAAGGUUUGAUCUUUUGGGUGGAAGGAAUUAGGUUAACGGGGUUUGGAGUUUAGAGUGAGAAUGAUCUUAUAAAGGGAGAGAAAGGUUCAAGCUUUGGGUUUUUGUUGAUGAUCUUUUGAGGUGAUUAGUGAAAUCAGUUCAGUGUCCAAACUUGAUUUCUGAUGCUGAAGAAGAGAUCAAGAGCAGUGAGCAGCAGCAGCAGCAGCAGCAGCAAACAAAGUCUCCAAUCACCUACUGGAAAAUACAAUAGAAUGGCAUCCUCUUCUCUCUUCCCUUCUCCCAGACUCUUUGUCGGCUUCUCUUCAAAAGGAUUCACCGACAUGGAGCCUGCCGCCAUGAGUCCCACUUCCAUACUUGAAACCAAGCCCUUCUCCUCCAUUGGCAACCCCUUCUUCUCCGAUAGAAAUCCUAGAAAACCAGUCAAUGAAACCAAUGUUCCUCUAGAAAGCAACAAGCAUCACCACCCUUGGGACAAUGGAGACUCUAAGGCUAUUGGACUUGGCAUCAUUGAUGCUCUAACUAAUGAGAAAGCCAAUGACAAGUCCUCAAAACAAGAUAGCCGAAUGGUUCUCUUUGGAUCACAGUUGAAAAUCCAAGUCCCUUCCAUCAAUUCCGGUCCAAUUUCUCCUACUUGUUCUGUGGAGUCUCCUAAUUCUCCUAUAGAAUUUGGCAUCAAGACUAAGGACUCUCAGCUGGCUCUUUACUCUCCACCUCCGGCCACUCCUCGUAUUUUCUCCGGCUGCUUCUCGCCGAGAGAUAUGGAGUUGUCUGAGGACUACACUUGUAUCAUCUCUCAUGGCCCAAACCCAAAGACAACUCAUAUAUUCGAUAACUGCAUCGUGGAGAGCUGCGGCGAUGGAUUCCUUCAAUCGAUGGCCGAUCGAACUGUGUAUCCUUCUGAUGAUUUCUUUAGCUUUUGUUAUGCUUGCAAGAAGAAUCUUGGUCAUGGGAAGGACAUCUUCAUGUAUGGAGGUGAGAAAGCAUUCUGCAGCAGAGAAUGCCGAUACCAAGAGAUGCUCUUCGACGAAGAAGUUACAGACGACAAGUCCUUGGCAGAGCAAAUGCGUCCCCUCUAGCAAACACUACGGAGUUUUGUUUUGUAAAUUUGAUUGGUUUUUAUAGUAGUCUGAAACUGUUAUGGUUUAUGCAUCUUUCUUUUUUGUUAGUGUUCUUCUUCCAGUUGUUCUUCACCUUCUUUUUUGGUCUCCAAUGGAGGGAGGCUGUUGAAUUUCUCCAAGGAUGUUUUCAUUCACAGUUUGGGUCUUGGGAUUGUCCUCAAAUUUUGGUUUUAAGGUCAUGUAUGAGAAACAUUGGGUCACUUCCAAUUGCCUUCUUUGCAAUCUCAUGCAAUGUAUACAUUGUUUUUGUUGUUAUUCUAAGAAUAAGCUCUUAUUCCUACUUUUA